AGCUGGGCACCGCCAUUUUGGCCGGUGGCCGUAAGAACACGCUGUGUGGCUCAGAAGUGAAGACAAGAACCGAAUUGGACUCUACGCGCUCCUCCGGAAGGAAAUCGUUUCCUCCAGAAGUCCUGGCUAUUCCAACUUUCUUGCAAUUAUGGCAGACAAAUUGACAAGAAUUGCUAUUGUCAACCAUGACAAGUGUAAGCCUAAGAAAUGUCGACAGGAGUGCAAAAAGAGUUGCCCUGUAGUUCGAAUGGGAAAACUAUGCAUAGAGGUUACACCCCAGAGCAAAAUAGCCUGGAUUUCUGAAACUCUUUGUAUUGGUUGUGGUAUUUGUAUUAAGAAAUGCCCCUUUGGCGCCUUAUCAAUUGUCAAUUUACCAAGCAACUUGGAAAAAGAAACAACACAUCGAUAUUGUGCCAAUGCCUUCAAACUUCACAGGUUGCCUAUUCCUCGUCCAGGCGAAGUUUUGGGGUUAGUUGGAACUAAUGGUAUUGGAAAGUCAACUGCUUUAAAAAUUUUAGCAGGAAAGCAAAAACCAAACCUUGGAAAGUAUGACGAUCCACCUGAUUGGCAAGAAAUUUUGACUUACUUUCGAGGAUCGGAAUUGCAAAAUUACUUUACCAAGAUUCUAGAAGAUGAUCUAAAAGCCAUUAUUAAACCUCAAUAUGUGGACCAGAUUCCCAAGGCUGCAAAGGGCACAGUAGGAUCUAUUUUGGACCGAAAGGACGAAACAAAGACACAGGCAAUUGUAUGUCAACAGCUUGAUUUAACCCAUCUAAAAGACCGAAAUGUUGAAGAUCUUUCGGGAGGAGAAUUGCAGAGAUUUGCUUGUGCUGUUGUUUGCAUACAGAAAGCUGACAUUUUCAUGUUCGAUGAACCUUCUAGUUACCUAGAUGUCAAGCAGCGCUUAAAGGCUGCUAUUACUAUACGAUCUCUCAUAAAUCCAGAUAGGUAUAUCAUUGUGGUGGAGCAUGAUCUAAGUGUGUUAGACUAUCUCUCUGAUUUCAUCUGCUGUUUAUAUGGUGUACCAAGUGCUUAUGGUGUUGUCACCAUGCCUUUUAGUGUAAGAGAAGGUAUAAACAUUUUUUUAGAUGGCUAUGUUCCAACAGAAAACUUGAGAUUCCGAGACGCAUCACUUGUUUUUAAAGUGGCUGAGACAGCGAAUGAAGAAGAGGUUAAAAAAAUGUGUAUGUAUAAGUAUCCAGGAAUGAGGAAAAAGAUGGGAGAGUUUGAAUUAGCAAUUGUAGCUGGCGAAUUUACUGAUUCUGAAAUCAUGGUGAUGCUAGGGGAAAAUGGUACGGGUAAAACGACAUUUAUCAGAAUGCUUGCUGGAAGACUUAAGCCCGAUGAAGGAGGAGAAGUACCAGUUCUAAAUGUCAGUUAUAAGCCACAGAAGAUAAGUCCCAAAUCAACUGGAAGUGUUCGCCAAUUACUACAUGAAAAAAUAAGAGAUGCUUACACUCACCCACAAUUUGUGACUGAUGUAAUGAAGCCUCUUCAGAUUGAAAACAUCAUUGACCAAGAGGUACAGACACUAUCUGGUGGUGAACUGCAGCGAGUUGCUUUAGCUCUUUGUUUGGGCAAACCUGCUGAUGUGUAUUUAAUCGACGAGCCCUCUGCUUAUUUGGAUUCUGAGCAGCGGUUGAUGGCAGCACGAGUGGUCAAACGCUUCAUACUCCAUGCCAAAAAGACAGCCUUUGUUGUAGAACAUGACUUCAUCAUGGCUACCUAUCUAGCAGACCGAGUCAUCGUUUUUGAUGGGGUUCCAUCUAAGAAUACGGUUGCAAACAGUCCUCAAACCCUUUUGGCUGGCAUGAAUAAAUUUUUGUCACAGCUUGAAAUUACAUUCAGAAGAGAUCCAAACAACUAUAGGCCAAGAAUAAACAAGCUCAACUCAAUUAAGGAUGUAGAACAAAAGAAGAGUGGGAAUUACUUUUUCUUGGAUGAUUAAACCUGAGAAUACCGAUGAGCCACUUAUAAUAAAAGAAACAUUGGAGCUUU